UCAUUAUUUUCCUCCGCAUCCAAACACUGAAUUAGGGUUCAAUCGUUCUCGCAUUCAUUCAUCAAUGUCGAAAAUUGUUUAGAAAAAUCGAAAUUGAGGGUUUUCUGAACAAGCCCUUUUUUCGUAUUCCUCGUUUGGCUUCUAAAAAUUCAAACUUUUUAUAAUUUGAGUCAUGAAAACACUUUCAACUUUUAUAUCCAUGAUGUGAAAUUGAUUUUUCUCAGAAAAGGAAUUGGGGUUGUUUUUGUGUAGAGAUUUAUAACUGCAAGUUAGAACCUUUGUCCAUUAUGAAUUUUCUCUGUGGUGAAUUAGGGUUAAGAUCACUGUGAUAGUGUGCUCCGAGUAUUGAGGUACCAUCAAUUUGGAGGAAGCAUUUGUUAUAAUUUAACUUAGGGAGUGUUUGGAUUGGCUUAAUUGAUCUUAUUACUAGCAUAAGCACUUGUGAAGUCAUUUGAGAAAGAUUACGUAUUUCGUAAGCUUUUCAAGGUUGGUUGAAAGGAGGAUGCAUUGAGAACAAGUUUUCUUUCAAGCUUGUUUGACAUUUGUUUGUACCCGCGAUGGAUCAAGUUAUGCAAGGUAAUGAAAUGGGGGAUGAUUCAUCGAUGAAUUUAGACAACUCGAGGGCUAAUUGGACUCCAUCUCAAGACCGAUAUUUUCUUGAGCUUUUGCUGUCCCAUGUUCACAGAGGCAACAAAACAGGCAAAGUGUUUACCAGAUUAGCGUGGGUAGACAUGACUGAACAAUUUAAUAAUAAAUUUGGGUUUAAGUAUGAUAUAGAUGUGUUGAAGAACCGUUACAAGCGAUUCAAAAAACAAUACUAUGAAAUAAAAGCAAUAGUUAGUCAAAACGGAUUCCAAUGGGACGGGACACUAAACAUGAUCACUGCUAAUGAUAAAACAUGGGAAGAGUAUAUUAAGGCCCACCCUGAUGCUCAUGUUUUUAGAAAAAAAGUUGCUCCGUGUUAUAAUGAUCUAUGCAUAAUCUAUGGUCACGCAGUUGCUGAUGGGAGAUACAGCCUUUCAUGUUUUGACGAAGGUUUUGAAUACGAAGAAAAUGCUUCGAAAGAACGAGAUGACCAGACUAGCACCGGUAAAGGAGUGGAUGAUCAGACUCCCCUUACUCAUAGUCAAAGUAAAAUAGACUGGUCUCCGAUGAUGGACCGAGUUUUUGUUGAACUUAUGUUGGACCAGGUGCGUAAAGGGAACAAGGUUGGCCGUACAUUCACGAGGCAAACAUGGGGAGACAUGGCUGAGUCAUUUAAUGAUAGGUUUGGAUGUCACUAUGGUAAGGUUGUGUUGAAAAACCGUUUCAAUGUCCUAAGGAGGCAUUAUUCAUCUAUAAAUGUCCUCCUUGGCAAAGAAGGUUUCAGUUGGGACAAGACACAACACAAGGUUGUGGCUGAUGACCAAGUUUGGCAAAAAUGCAUCAGGGUAAAUCACAAGUACCGGCUUUACAGAAUUAAAAGCAUGCCUUUUUAUUCUGGCAUGUGCAUCGUAUGUCGUGAUGAAGCUCCUGCAGCUUGCAAGUCAAAUCUUGAAAAGAAACCUUAUAACGGCAAGAACUCUGUCCCAGACUCUAAUGCAUCAAUGCAUAUAGGCGGUGAAAAUGAUUUUCUCGGAGAUACUCAACCUCUCCCUUACGCAGCAUUUCACACAGGUGAUCAAAGUAAUUAUACCAAAGAUACGCAACCUCUCCCUGAUGCAACAUUCCAUAUAGGUGGCGAAAAUAAUUUGACCGGGGAUACUAUUUCCCUGCCUCUCCCUUAUGCAACAUUGCAUAUAGACAGUGAAAAUAAUUUGAUCAGAGAUACUCAGCCAUCCUCUAACCCAACUUUGAAUCUAGGAAGUGGAAAUAAUUUUACCAGAGAUACCAUUAUUCAGCCUUUCCAUAAUGCAGCAUUGCAUGUAGGUGGUGAAAAUAGUUUUAGCAGAGAUAACAUUAUGCAGCCUUUCCCUAAUGAAGGAUUGCAUAUCGGUGGUGAAAAUAAUUUUAUUCGAAAUACGAUUAGUCAGCCUCUCCAUAAUGCAACAUUGCAAAUAGGGAGUGAAAGUAACUUUACUGAAGGAGCUCAGCCUCUGACGAACGCGGAUAAUGAAGGUGGUGAAAGGAACUCUAUCAGAAAAACUCAGCUUCUGACGAAUGCAGAUAAUGAAGGCGGUGAAAGGAACUCUACCAGAAAAACUCAGCCUCGACCGAAUGCAGAUAAUGAAGGCGGUGAAAGGAACUCUACCAGAAAAACUCAGCCUCGACCGAGUGCAGAUAAUGAAGGCGGUGAAAGGAACUCUACCAGAAAAACUCAGCCUCCGGCAAACGCAGAUAAUGAGGAUGGGGAAAGAAACUCUACCAGAAAAACUCAGCCUCCGAAAAAUACAGAUAAAGAACCAUUGCUUGCGAGUGUUGGAAAAAACAUUACUAGUCAGAAAAAAAGACAUCAAACUAAAACCUCCCCGGCCUUGAAUGUGCCGAAGAAAGCAAGAAACAACUAUAACGAAGGAGUGUCAGUUGCCUUGAAACAUAUGGCAGUUGCAGUUACAUCACUUUCCAAUAAAACUAAGAAAGAAGAUAAUUUUUCUGUAGGCAAUGUUAUGACGGUGCUUCAGGCUAUACCGGGCUUGGAUGACGAUCUGAUAUUAGAUGCAUGUGAUUUUUUGGAAGACGAAAAAAGAGCAAGAAUGUUUCUGGCGUUGGAUUCGAAUUUGAGAAAGAAAUGGUUAUUAAGAAAGCUUCGUUCAUAAUGAUUGCUCAAUUGUCUCUUCUUUGUUCAUCUUUAGUCACUAGUAAAGUUUGUUUGUCAAAUUCUGUUAAACUUCAUCUUUUUGUCUGUGUUGAUUAGAGUGGAGAGACCAGACAUUGCAAUGCAACUCAUAAAGGGGUACCGUUCAAUUUGUUUUGAUCA